AUGGCGGCCAAUGGGCACUCUGGCAAGGUGCUUCAUGCCAGACUCUCUGAUAUUUCGAUGCUUGCUUCGACGCUACGGGCUGUCCAUUUUUCGUCUUUUGCACGCAUUACACUCUCUGCGUCGGGUAUCGAAGUUGUGACAGAGGCCAAUCAUAUUGUUCAAGCCCAUGCUUAUCUCUACGCAUCCAUUUUUGAUCGAUACUCUUUUCAUGCGCCUGAGAAUUGGCUCUCUCUCGAGCAGCAGCGAAACGAAGAACUUGAUCCUGAUGAAUCCCUGACGCCCUGCGUCGCUUUUGAAAUCAACCUUAAAGUACUUGUAUCGUGCUUUGCUGUGUUUGAGUCUAGGGUUUCAGCUCCAUCUUCGCGUCCAUCUGCUCGAUUCUCUGCGGAGCCGAUGAACUAUAUUGACAUUGUUUAUGAAAAGGUUGGUGAACCACUUUGCCUUCACAUGCAAAACGGUCGGCUAGAGACCAGUUUUCGCUUGCGUACUCUUGACUCACCGCUCACUUCUGAACUGACCUUCAAUCCCGAUCAGACCACGGCACAAGUUAUCAUGAAGUCUGCGCAGCUUGCUCCGGCCUUUCAGGAGCUCAGUAGCUCAGGCGAGUCGCAGCUCCAACUCGCAUUCACACCUGCUAGUCAUGCCCUCUCUGCAUCGUUCCAACUCACCACGGAAGGGCACUAUGGAAGCACAGAGAUUGAGUUUCCGUACGAUCAGGUGAUCACUGAAAAGUUCGUAUGUUUGGAGCCUAUUCGCCAUGGAUACCCCAUUGAAUGCGUCGGAUACAUGGUACCUGCCCUUCGGCAUUCUCUUAAAACAUCUCUGCGCACCGAUACUCAUGGCAUGCUUAGUGUUCAGUUUAUGAUCACAGGUGCUCGGACAGCAUCUCGACCCCAUUCUGUGUCUGAAUCAGGCAAUGCCUUUGUAGAUUUUUUGUGCUGCCCGUUGGACAGCCGACUUUAG